UAGUACAUUAAUAUAUUAUAUAUAGAUAUAAAUAUAUAAUUAUAUAUCAUUUUUGUACAUAUUUCAUCAAAAAAGAUUAUCAAAGUUUGGAUUUUUAUAACAUUCAUGGAGAUCCCAAGUGAAAAUAAUCUAUCUUUGAUGAAACCCACAAUUAAAAAAGGGAAAGAAGAUGUUAUUGGUGCCCGGAAAUUCGGUUGCGAAAUCGGACAUAACCGAAGAGCUUUGAGUGUGAUUAAUCAGAAUUUGAAUGGUGGUGGAGCUCAACCUCAAUUACAUCUACAUUGUGUUGCUGCUAAUAAGAGAGUUUUAACACAGAAAAUUACUGCAGAAAUAGGCAACAAGAAACAAUGUUUUGCUGCUGAGGAGGUAAAAAAGUCAAAUUUAUCAAAUGAGGGUCAUGGAGGAUGGCAAGAGCAAGAACAAGAGGAGCCGAUACCCAUGUUUUUGGAGACAUCAGAAACGAUGUUGGAUGAAAGAGAUCAUCAUAUGGAGGAGGUUGAGAUGGAGGAUAUUUUUGAAGAAUCCGUUAUAGAUAUCGAUGUUUCUGAUGAUGGAAAUCAUCUAGCUGUAGUCGAGUAUGUUGAAGAUCUAUAUGCUCAUUAUAGAAGGAUUGAGGGUUGUAGCUUGGUCUCACCAGACUACAUGACACAACAAUUUGACAUUAAUGAAAAGAUGAGAGCAAUACUAGUUGACUGGCUCAUUGAGGUACACCACAAGUUUGAUCUGCAACCAGAAACACUGUUUUUAACAGUCAAUCUCAUUGACAGAUUUUUGGCUAAACAAUCUGUGAUUAGAAAGAACUUGCAAUUAGUUGGUUUAGUUGGCAUGCUUUUGGCUUGUAAAUAUGAAGAAGUUUCGGUUCCUGUUAUAGACGAUUUAAUCUUUAUUUCGGACAAAGCUUACUCUAGAAGCCAAAUUCUUGAAAUGGAAAAACUAAUGCUGAACACAUUGGAAUUCAACAUGUCCCUUCCAACUCCAUAUGUCUUUAUGAAAAGAUUUCUGAAAGCAGCACAAUCAGAGACGAAACUAGACCAAAUGUCGUUUUACUUGAUCGAGCUUUGCCUAGUGGAAUACGAAAUGCUUAAAUACCCUCCAUCCUUCUUAGCAGCAGCAUCCGUCUACACGGCUCAAUGUAGUCUUUACGGCGUAAAACAAUGGUCCAAGACUUGUGAAUGGCAUGCUAACUACACUGAAGAUCAACUUUGGGAAUGUUCAAGAAAGAUUGUGGGGUACCAUCAAAAUGCAGCAUUAGGAAGAUUGACUGGUGUUUAUAGGAAAUAUAACACAUCAAAGUUUGGUUAUGCAGCAAAAUGUGAACCAGCAAAGUUUCUUGCAGAAGAGAUCAUCCACAUUGUUCAAAGCAACAAUUCUUAAAAGUCCAAAAAUAGUACUCGUAUUUUUUACAUGACUUAUAUAAUAACAUAUGGAAUGAAUGUUAUGUGAUUUGAAGCAACUUUCCUUGUUGCCCUUUAU